AUGUACUCCCUCUUCGCAACGCUCACCCUCCUAGUUGCGGGUGUCCUCGCCGGACCCACGCCAGAUGUCGUCGGCGCCAAUGUCCACCGCGCCCCUGGAUUCGAGCUGCCCGCGGGGGUCCCAUCUCCGCCGCAGCCGCCAGCCGACCUCGUUGGCCCCGUCAGGUCCAAUAGGCUGUACCUGACGACGCCCUCUGGCACACGGUACUGCAGCUCGUACUCCACGCCGCUGCAGCAGGGAGUGCGCGAGAAUGGCUGGACUCUGCUGAAGCUGAAGGAGAGCUGGUGCUGUAACACGAGUCCUUCGGGGUGCACGUUGCUGGCGCACUCGAUAAACGCCAUUGCAACCGUGUGCGCCCAGCAGCUCGACAAGAUGCUCUGUGUGCCCUGCUGGAUCGUCGGCAACGCCCAGAUCAAUAUCGCAGAGUACUGUGCGAAACAAUCCGGCGGGAAGUGGAAGUUGGAGGGAAGGGUUAGGUAUACGCAGGAGGGAUAUUGGGUCGAUGUUAACGCUUUCCGCUGGGGAUAG